ACAAAGCGGGAACUCAUAUACAACCGCCUCUACCACCCAUUCCGCCGUUAACCACCCGUACUUCCUCUGCCUCGGGACCGUUACUUCUUCAACAUGAUACACUCUUACGCUUUCUUACUUAUCCAUCACAACACGUAACACCCAACAAUCAUAAAUUAAACUUGUUUUGUGUAGGCUUCUCUGUGCGAUAAAAAAAAAAGAAAGAGUACAAAGUUGAACGAUCAGAAGAUCAGAGUGAUGGAACAGAAAAGCAUUCUGCUAUCUGCGAUCGGUGUUGGGGUUGGAGUGGGAGUGGGACUUGGAUUGGCCUCUGGACAAGGAGUUGGAAUAUGGGGAGCUACCACAUAUUCCUCAAACGCCAUAACCGCUGAGAAGAUAGAGCAGGAAAUGCUACGACAAGUUGUUGAUGGAAGAGAAAGCACUGUCACUUUUGAUAAAUUCCCUUAUUAUCUCAGUGAGCAGACAAGGGUUUUGCUGACAAGUGCUGCUUAUGUCCAUUUAAAGCAUGCCGAGGUUUCCAAGUAUACUCGAAAUCUUGCCCCUGCAAGCCAAACUAUUCUGCUUUCAGGGCCAGCAGAACUCUAUCAACAGAUGCUUGCAAAGGCUUUGGCACAUUACUUUGAGGCCAAGUUGCUUCUUUUAGAUUUAACUGACUUUUCAUUGAAGAUUCAGAGUAGAUAUGGCUUUGGAAAUCAAGAAUCUUCUUUCAAAAGAUCCACCUCAGAGUCGACCUUGGAGCGAUUAUCAGACCUAUUUGGCUCAUUUUCAAUCUUUCAACAGAGGGAGGAACCUAAAGGCAGAAUACAUAGGCAGAGCAGCGGAGCGGACCUACAAUCAAUGGGGACUGAAGCAUCUUGCAAUCCUCCAAAGCUCCGCAGGAACGCUUCUUCGUCGUCAAAUAUUAGCACCCUUGGUUUGCAAAGCAAUCAUACAAAUCCAGCUCCUCUGAAACGCACAACUAGCUGGUCUUUCGAUGAAAAGCUUCUUAUACAGUCUCUUUACAAGGUUCUGGUUUUUGUGUCCAAGACCUACCCUAUUGUGCUAUAUCUGCGUGACGUUGAUAAGUUGAUAUAUAGAUCACAAAGGAUAUAUAACUUGUUCCAAAAGAUGUUGAAGAAACUAUCUGGACCAAUACUGAUUCUUGGUUCACAAGUUCUUGAUUCUAGUAAUGACUAUGAAGAGGUAGAUGACCGGCUUAACUCACUCUUCCCGUACACCAUAGAAGUCAAGCCCCCUGAUGAUGAAUCUCAUCUCGUCAGCUGGAAGUCCCAGUUGGAAGAGGAUAUGAAGAAGAUACAAGUUCAGGAUAACAAGAACCAUAUCAUGGAAGUGCUUGCAGCCAAUGACCUUGUUUGUGAAGACUUGGAUUCAAUCUGUGUUGCUGACACAAUGGUUCUUAGUAACUACAUAGAAGAGAUUAUUGUCUCGGCGCUUUCUUACCACUUGAUGAAAAGCAAAGACCUCGAGUACAGAAAUGGGAAACUUGUCAUUUCUUGCAAUAGUUUAUCCCAUGCCUUGGGUAUAUUCCACAAGGGAAAACUCAUUGGAAGAAACACAUCGAAAUUGGAAGAUCAAGCUGUUAAAUCUGAGGUGCCAAAAGGGGAAGAAAGUGUUACAAAACCAGAAGCAAAGUCUGAAGAUGCUGCUCCUGUAAAAAAGCCUGGAGCAGAAGCAUCAAAGGAAGAAGGGGAAAAAUCAGUUGCAUCAUCAAAAGCUGCUGAAGUUCCUCCGGAUAACGAGUUUGAGAAGCGAAUAAGACCUGAGGUGAUACCAGCAGAUGAGAUAGAUGUGAAGUUCUCUGAUAUUGGUGCCUUAGAAGAGACGAAAGAAUCCCUCCAAGAACUGGUAAUGCUUCCGCUUCGAAGGCCAGACCUCUUCACCGGAGGCCUUUUGAAGCCUUGCAGAGGAAUAUUGCUAUUUGGACCUCCAGGCACCGGCAAGACAAUGCUGGCUAAGGCCAUUGCGAAGGAGGCCGGGGCAAGUUUCAUCAACGUGUCCAUGUCCACCAUCACUUCAAAAUGGUUUGGCGAAGACGAGAAGAACGUUCGUGCUUUAUUCACACUUGCAGCCAAGGUGUCCCCAACCAUUAUAUUUGUGGAUGAGGUCGAUAGCAUGCUUGGCCAAAGGACUAGAGUUGGGGAGCACGAAGCCAUGCGGAAAAUCAAGAAUGAAUUUAUGGCACAUUGGGAUGGCCUUAUGACCAAACCGGGGGAGCGCAUCCUUGUUCUUGCUGCAACCAAUAGGCCAUUUGACCUCGAUGAAGCUAUUAUUAGGCGAUUCGAAAGGAGAAUUAUGGUGGGGCUACCAUCUGUGGAGAAUAGGGAGAAGAUUCUGAGGACUUUAUUGGCGAAAGAGAAGGUGGAUGAUGAACUUGACUUUAAGCAACUAGCAACUAUGACAGAAGGAUACACUGGGAGCGAUAUAAAGAAUCUGUGCACAACUGCUGCAUAUCGGCCUGUGAGAGAGCUAAUUCAGCAAGAGAGGCUCAAGACUCUGGAGCAAAAGCAGAAAGCGGUUACAACACAAGACGGGAAAGAUGCAAGAGAAGAGAAGCAAGAAAGAGUGAUUAGCCUUAGGGCAUUGAAUAUGCAGGACUUGAAGGAGGCAAAGGCUCAGGUUGCUGCUAGCUGUGCGGCGGAGGGGGCUGGAAUGAGCGAGUUGAAGCAGUGGAACGAGUUGUACGGAGAAGGCGGUUCAAGAAAGCAGCAGCACUUGACUUACUUUCUCUGAUAAACACAUCACAUCCCAUUCCUUAGUUAGUUGCUUCUACAUAUAUAGUGUACUCUACUUUCUCUUCGCAGUUUGUAGAAGAUCAGAUCGCGCCCUUGUUAAUUUUUAUUAAUUAUUAGUGUAUGAUCGGAUCAGACGCUUGCUGCUGUUAUCUCCUUAAAAACUACCAGUGAAUACAUUAAAAACAAAAC